UAACAAGAGUUUAUCUAGGAACCAGUCACGCAGUUACCGAGGAAAUUCCGGACACCCAGGAAAACAUGACGACCAGAAAGAGAGUGGUUCUAGUGGCGAUUGACGGCAGUGACCACGCGGAAUAUGCCCUGAACUGGUACUUGGACAACAUUCACAGACCCAAUGAUGUCGUGAUAGGGGUGCACUCUGCAGACUACAGCAAACUUCAAAGUCAACCUUUGACACUUUUAUCAAGUGAUAAAUCUUUGAUUACCAAUUUCCUGGAAACAGAAGAGGAAUCAGUUAAAAAGCUAGCAGCCAACUUUGAAUCAAAAGUUCUAAAGAAUCAGAUUGACGGGAAAUUCAUUCGAAUCAACGGUGAUCCGGGUCCUGGGAUAGUGGAAGUCAGCAACAACGAGAAAGCUGCUGUCAUUGUAAUGGGGUCACGUGGUUUGGGGACGAUUCGACGGACGUUGCUAGGAAGCGUUAGCUCUUACAUCAUGUAUCACGCGUCAGUUCCGGUGAUCGUAUGUCGACAGUAACGUCAAGGACAUUUAGUGAUAUUUUUUUUAUUUCUGAAAGUAUAGUUAAAAUAAUCAUUUUAAAACAAAUCCAACGGAUGUAAAGAAUGAUAGAAUGUAGAAAAAAAGUAUUGUAAUAAAAAUCCCUGACUUUACAAUGCC